AGCCAAUCAUUCAAAAGCGGACAAUGAUCCACCGAAAAUAAAAUAGAUUCUUUCUAUACUUUUCUUUUCUUUUUUACGUUAUGGCUGACGACGGUGAAUGGCAUACUGUAACAAGUACUAAGGCAACUACGCUCACUCCUCCUCCCCCUCCCUCUCAACCCUCAAAGAAUAACAAUAGACGCAAAUCCAAGCCCAAGAUUCAUGUACACAAAAAAGAAAAAAAACCAAUCCCACCUCGUCCGAAGACGGUAACCAAUCCUUUUCAUUCCGGAGAAGACGAUGACUCAGAAGAAGAAGAACAAGACGAUGGACAAGUCGAUCCUAUUGAUCUACCUGUACCUCCUUACCAUACAUCCAUUGUCGUGUCUUGUCCUCUACCUUGUGAAUCACCUGCUCCCUUUUUGGACACGACUUCACUUGUACAGCAUUUGAGGACAAAGCAUAAACUUGUCUUUAAAAACUUGCAUCAUAUGUAUAUGGCUUUGGACACUUAUUUAUUACGUUGGGCGAAUGAGUUUGGACAAAAGCCGAUGGAUGAAUUUGCUUAUUUAGAUCAAGAAGUCUACGUGAUUGAUCCCGAGAAAUGUAGCUUGGAUAAAGAAAUUCGUGAAGAUAUGCAGCGUGCUAAAUUGAAUGAAGUUCUCAAGACGCAACAAAACGAACGUGAAACUGAAUCCAAAUUACCAAGAAAAUGUCUGUUUUGUAAGAUUAUCUGUGAAAACAGAGCGGUUCUUUUCAAGCAUAUGUUUGCCGAACAUAAUUUCAAUAUUGGAUUACCUGAUAAUUUGGUCAAUGUGAAUGAAUUCUUGGAUACAUUGGAAGCAAAACUAUCAAAUCUUCAAUGUCUCUAUUGUGAAAAGACAUUCACAAGUCCAGCUGUGUUGCGCAAACAUAUGAGAAAGAAGAAGCACUUUAAGAUUGCAUCCAAGAACAGACAAUACGAUAGAUUUUAUGUGAUUAACUACCUUGAACCUGGCAAAAACUGGGAAAGUUUUGAAAAUGAGACAUAUGAAAGUGACGAUGAAAAAAAGGACGAAUCUUGGGCUGAUUGGGAAGAAGAUGUUCAAGAAUCCACCAUGUGUUUAUUUGAUACACAAGUAUUAGCAUCACCUAAGGAAGCACUUGAACACAUGAGUGCAGUGCAUGGAUUUGACUUGACAAGUAUCCGAAAAUCAAAAGGCUUGGAUUUCUAUCAAACCAUUGUAUUGAUCAACUAUAUUCGCCAUCAAUCUUCUCUGGGUCAUUGUUUCUCAUGUGGAAGCAAAGGGUUUGACAGUGAGAAUGACCUGACUGAGCAUGUAGACAAAGAAGGCUGUAUUGCUAAGUUUGUGCCUAUGGAUGCGCCUUUUUGGAAAGACCCUCGUUACUUGAUUCCUACCUAUGAGAAUGAUCCCUUAUUGACUGGUUUUGAGCAAGACAAUGAAGAGGACGAAGACGAUGCGUUAUCAGAUGAUGAAGCCAACAAGAAAUACCUUCACCAAGUCAUGGAAGAAUCUUUGAUCUUAUCAGAUAAUCAAAUUUUAAAAUAAUUUAUUUUGCAAUCACAAUGAUCAAUGCUAAAAUACAGCCUACGAUUGAAAUAAUCAAUAAAAAGCAACA